AUGGACGACGUGAUGCGCCGCGCGGCCGCCGUCGACGCGCCGCCGCCCGUCGCAAACGAGCGGGUGUACACCUACUACGACACGGUCCGCUGCGAGACCUGCGGCUCCGCCGACCACGAGGACGACCUGCUCCUCUGCGACCGCUGCGACCGCGGCCACCACACCUUCUGCCUCCGCCUCAUCGCCGCCCAGGUCCCCGUCGGGCCCUGGUUCUGCCCCAUCUGCGAUCCGAUCGCCAACGCCCCCAACAGUGGUUUUCUGGAGAACAAGACCAAGAUCUUCAAUUUCUUUGGGAUUAAGGAGGAUGAGCAGGAUGCGCAGGCCAGCGAAAGUAAGGUCUCCAAAGGUGCUAGAAGGAGAAGGAAGCGUUCUCUUGUGAUGCACAAGAAGAAGAGGAUGAUAUUGCCAUUUGUUCCAUCUAAAGAUGGAGCCAGAAGACUCAAACAACUGGAGUCUCUAGCCACUGCCUUGACUACAUCCAAAACAGAGUUCAGUAAUGAACUUACUUAUAUGCCUAAUAUGGCUCCUAGAUCUUCCAAUCUGGCAAGAUUGGAGGUUCUGCAAAAAGAGGAUAAGGAAAGUAUACAGCUAUGCAGAACCAUGCAAAAAAGAGGCGAAUUUCCUCCACUUCUCGUGGUCUUUGAUUCCCAGGAAGGUUUCACUGUGCAGGCUGAUGGCAACAUAAAGGAUAUGACCUUCCUAGCUGAAUAUUCUGGGGACGUUGAUUAUGUAGAUAAUAGAGAAAAUGAUGGUUGCAACUGUCUUAUGACGCUCCUCAUGUCAGCUAAUCCUUCCCAAGAUCUAGUCAUUUGCCCUGACAAGCGGGCGAACAUUUCCCGCUUUUUCAGUGGCAUCAAUAACUCCACACCGGAUGGUAAGAAGAAGCAAAAUGUCAAGUGUGUGCGGUUCGAUGCACCUGCUAACAGCUAG